UAUAGGAUGUUUGGUUCUGCGCACGUGCCGAGUGGCUGUGGGAGGCGCGGGAUGGCGACGGUCGGCUGCCGUUUUCUGGCGGGUUUGACCGCCGGCCGUUGCCGAGGUGGUGGGGGUCACCUCUAUUCUAUUUGGGCGGUUGUUCACCACCGAGCCAGGGCGCUUGGUGUAUCUUCUGGAUUGCUUUCAGUCAUUGGCUUGUGGCAAAACCAACAGCAGCACAGGAACCUUUCCUUGCACGAAUACCUAAGCAUUCGUUUACUAGAAGAUGCUGGGAUCUCUGUACCGAAGGGUAAAGUUGUUUCUACGGCCGAAGAAGCAUAUGAUACUGCCAAAGCAAUUGGUUCAAGAGAUCUUGUUGUGAAAGCACAGGUUUUGGCCGGUGGCAGAGGAAAAGGUGUAUUUGAAGGAGGUCUGAAAGGGGGCGUUCGAAUUGUUUAUUCUCCAGAGCAAGCCCGGGAUGUUACAUCCCAAAUGAUUGGAAGGAAGUUAUUUACCAAACAAACGGGUGCAAAGGGAAGAAUAUGCAAUAAGGUAUUGAUCUGUGAGCGAAAGUAUCCCAGGAAAGAAUAUUACUUUGCAAUAACACUGGAAAGGACAUUUCAGGGGCCAGUAUUAAUAGGCAGUUCUCAGGGCGGGGUUAACAUAGAAGAUGUAGCAGCUGAAAACCCUGAAGCAAUUGUGAAAGAACCUAUUGAUAUAAUUGAAGGUGCCAAGAAAGAAAAAGCUGUCAAGCUAGCAAAGAAAAUGGGGUUUCCACCUAAUGUCAUAGAAGAUGCAGCAGAGAACAUGAUCAAAUUAUACAAUGUGUUUGUUAAAUAUGAUGCCAGUAUGUUAGAGAUAAAUCCUAUGGUGGAGGAUGCCUCUGGAAUUGUAAUGUGCAUUGAUGCAAAAAUCACCUUUGAUUCUAAUGCUGCCUUCCGGCAGAAGGAUAUUUUUGCCCAGAGGGACUGGAGUCAAGAAGAUGAACAGGACAAGCAAGCAGCCACAGCAGAUCUUAAUUACAUUGGAUUGGAUGGAAAUAUUGGUUGUUUGGUAAAUGGUGCAGGUCUGGCUAUGGCUACAAUGGAUAUCAUCAAGCUUCACGGAGGUACGCCUGCCAACUUUCUGGAUGUAGGUGGUGGAGCCACAUCUCAGCAAGUGACAGAGGCGUUUAAACUAAUUACUUCAAACAAAAAUGUAUAAGAGAGCUCUCAGCACCUAGUCCUUCCUCCAGUCUUUCCAUCACCUUUGGAAACUUUUAUUGCUGUUUAUCAACAUGAGGACCAAAGUUGUGCCAAUGAAAGUCAAAUACGCCAUUAUGAGACUGAGAUACAAGAAUAAAACUGUUGGAGACAUCAGCCAAACCUUAGGCUUACCAAAAUCAACUGUUUGGAACAUCAUUAAGAAGAAAGAGAGUACUGUAGAGCUUAUUAAUCGCAAAGGGACAGGCAAGCCAAAGAAGACCCCCACAGCUGAUGACAAGAAUUCUCUCUAUAAUAAAGAAAAAGCCCCAAACACCUGUCCGACAGAUCAGAAACACUCUUCAGGAGUCGGGUGUCUAUUUGUCAAUGACCACUGUCCACAGAAGACUUCAUGAACAGAAAUACAGAGGUUACACUGCAAGAUGCAAACCACUGGUUAACCGCAAAAAUAGGAUGGCCAGGUUAGUUUGCCAAGAAGUACUUAAAAGAGCAACCACAGUUCUGGAAAAAGGUCCUGUGGACAGAUGAGACAAAAAUUAACAUAUCAGAGUGAUGGCAAGAGCAAAGUAUGGAGGAGAGAAGGAACUGCCCAAGAUCCUAAGCAUACUACCUCAUCUGUGAAACACGGUGGUGGGGGUGUUAUGGCCUGGGCAUGUAUGGCUGCUGGAGGUACUGGCUCACUUAUCUUAAUUGAUGACACAAUGCUGAUGGUAGUAGCAUAAUUAAUUCAGAAGUGUAUAGACACAUCCUAUCUACUCAAGUUCAAACCAAUGCCUCAAAACUCAUUGGCCGGAGGUUCAUUCUACAGCAAGACAAUGAUCCCAAACAUACUGCUAAAUCAACAAAGGAGUCUUUCAAAGCUAAAAAAUGGUCAAUUCUUGAGUGACCCAGUCAGUCACCCAAUCUGAACCCAAUUGAGCAUGCCUUUUAUAUGCUAACGGGAAAACUAAAGGGGACUAGCCCCCCAAACAAGCAUAAACUAAAUACAGCUGCAAUACAGGCUUGGCAGACCCAGCAACUGGUGAUAUCCAUGAAUUACAGACUUCAAGCAGUCAUUGCCUGCAACAAAAUACUACACAUGACUACCUUCAUUUACAUGACAUUGCUGUUUCCCAAACAUUAUGGUGCCCUGAAAUGGGAGAACUAUGUAUAAACACUGCUGUAAUUUCCACAUGGUGAAACCAAAAUGUGUGAAAAUGGCCUUUAUUAAAAUCUGACAAUGUGCUCUUUAA